AGUUAGAAGCAGAAGCUUUUCAUUCGCUUUACGGUCUAACUCACCAGUGUCUCUGCUUAAGCCGCCUCCUUCACCCCCCGUCCAUCCCUACACCCCCCUCCCACUCUUGCUGGGUCUAGCCCAGUCUGAGCCUGACCGACACUGGGGCUCCUCUGCUGGAUCAGGACACACAAGAAGAAAAGCUUUCAUAUAAAACUUGUGAUACGCUGCAUCAAGAUUGUGAUUGGAGGAACUCCAAAGCAAACUCAAAGGAUUUCUGCUGCCAGCAUGAGGAGUCAGACUGUGCUUGUGUCUGUGGCUCUGCUGGCCCUCUGCUGCCUGCUGACCCCCAGGCAAGGGGAGAGCGCCGGGGGGAUCGUUUCCCUCUUGCAGGGCAACGGAGACAAGGGAGAAGGAGAUCUGCUUCAGGAUGAGCGUCAAAGUGAGGUAGGCCGAGGGGAGAGCACCGGCAGUGAGGCCACAGCAGAGGCAGGGAAUUUAGGGCGAGUGAAGAGAGCACCGGAGGAGGGCAAAAAGAAGAAAAAGGACAAGAAAAAGAACAAAGAGCCUAAAGACCCUUAUGCCACCAAGAAGCCCAAAAGUGACAAGAAGGGGAGGAAGAAGGACAGACAAACAACAACGACCACAACGCUUCCACCCACCACAACAGCUCCCCCGACUGAAGCGCCCACAGAGCCAGAGCCUUACACGGACUACGCUUACCCCGACAUUGACAGCGAUUACUGGAAACCGGAUGAAGACUACUGGGAUGCUGAUCCUACUCCAUCAAAGCCAGAGUCAGAGAUCACAGAUUCUCCAUAUGACUACUGGAAGCCAGAAGAGGAAGAUCCAGUCGCUUCAGUGACAGAAGAUUACAAUGUCGACUGGAAACCAGUGGAGAAAGAAACAUCACCUCCAGAGACAGACACUGACAAAGAGUAUUGGAAACCAGAAGAGAAAGACCCAUACAAUCCCGUGACGGACACAGAUGAAGAGUCCUGGAAACCAGACGAGAAAGAUCCCUACACUCCAGUGACGGACACAGAUGAAGAGUACUGGAAACCAGACGAGAAAGAUCCCUACACUCCAGUGACGGACACAGAUGAAGAGUACUGGAAACCGGUGGAGAAAGACCCAUACACUUCAGUGACGGACACUGAAGAAGAAUACUGGAAACCGGAAGACAAAGACCCAUCCCCUCCAGUGACCGAUAUAGAUGAAGAGUACUGGAAACCAGAGGACAAAGACCCAUCCCCUCCAGAGACCGAUGACUAUGACAUCUACUGGAAAGAAGUGGAUCCAACAUCCGCUGCCACGAAGGUUGAUGGGAAGACUGCGACAGAUGACGGUGAUUACUGGGAUGCCACAUUCGAGGUGCCAGAAAAAGUUCCAUUCCCAGAUGGCGAAGAAGUCAGCCCAGAGAUCAAAGUAGAAACUCUCACAGAGGAGCCUACAAGUGAUCCACCUUUUGAGGAGACAUGGUAUGAUGAGUACGACGAAUACGGAAUGAGGAGGAAAGAAGGUGAAACUGAUGACAAAUGGAUGGAGAAAGAACGAGAGAGAGCACGCAAAGAAAGAGAGAGGGAAGACAGGGAGAGAGCACAGAGACUGAAGGAGGCUGAGGAGCGUGCCAGGAACAGACCACGUGUGUACAAAGAGCCCAAGAAAUGUCCUCCCCUGGGCAUGGAGUCCCAUAGGAUUGAGGCAGAUCAGCUUUCCGCUUCCUCUAUGUCUCAGUAUGGUUUUGCCCCUCAGAGGGCACGCCUCAACAUGCAGGGCUCUGAUGAUGAAGAUAACGCUCGAGGUGGAGCAUGGUGCGCCAACACAGAGGACAAAGUCCACUGGUUUGAGAUUGACACUCGCAGGGAGACCGAGUUCACUGCAAUCAUAACUCAGGGUCGGGACUCCCUGAAUGAGAGUGACUUUGUGACAUCAUACUUCCUGGCUUUCAGCAAUGACAGCAGAGAGUGGACCACCAUCCACGAUGGAUAUGCCGACUGGCUGUUCUUUGGAAACAGUGACAAGGACACUCCAGUCAUGAACCAGCUGGCAGAGCCAGUAGUGGCCCGUUACAUCAGAAUCAUCCCUCAAAGCUGGAACGGUACUCUGUGUAUGAGACUGGAGAUUCUAGGCUGCCCCUUGCCUGACCCAGAUGUUGUCCAAUACAGGCAAAAUGAAGUCACUCCAGUAGAUUACCUGCAGUUUAAGCAUCACAGCUACUCAGAAAUGGCGGCACUAAUGAAGUCAGUGCACGAAGAGUGUCCUAACAUCACCAGCGUCUACAGCCUGGGCAGGAGCUCCAAAGGACUGGACAUCAUGGCCAUGGUGAUCUCUGGCAAUCCCACAGAGCAUGAAAUAGGUGAGCCAGAGUUCCGCUUCACAGCAGGCCUCCAUGGUAACGAGGCAGUGGGCCGGGAAAUGAUACUGCUUCUCAUGCAGUACCUGUGCAAGGAAUACAGGGACCGCAACCCUCGAGCUCAGCGGCUGGUGGACGGAAUACGCAUCCACUUGGUGCCCUCGCUCAACCCUGAUGGACAUGAAGAAGCAUUUGAAGCUGGCUCAGAGUUGAGUGGAUGGACCACUGGUCACUUUACCAACCUGGGAUUUGACAUUUUCCAGAAUUUUCCUGAUCUGAACAGCAUCCUUUGGGAUACCGAAGAAAGGGGCAUGGUGCCCAAACUAGCCCCCAACCACCAUAUUGCUAUUCCUGAACACUUUGUGUCCAACAGCUCGAUUGCUGUAGAAACCAGGUCCAUCAUCUCCUGGAUGGAAAGCCACCCGUUUGUGCUGGGCGCAAACUUUCAGGGUGGCGAGUCAUUUGUGGCGUAUCCUUAUGACAGUUUACGUGUCAACAAGCCUGCUGAGAACAAGCCGCACAGCCGCAAGAAGAGACAGUAUGAAGAAGAGGGCUUUGAUGUGACAGAAUGGGGACACGGAUACCGUGAGGAGCCGGAACAAGACUGGAGAGACAGAGGAUAUCCAGAGCAUGAGGAGUGGAGGGGUCACGGCUACGAUCACAGCCAGAGCUACGAUCGCGAUCACGGCUACGAUCGCGGUCACGGCUACGAUCGCGGUCACGGCUACGAUCACGGUCACGGCUACGAUCAAGGUUACGAUCAUGGACACGGCUAUGACCACAACCAAGGAUACGAGCAUGGCUAUGAUCCCAGCUACAACCAGGGUUAUGGUCAUAGGGAGGAAGAAGAGGACGACAGAGAGAGAAGUGGUGGCUACCAUUACGCUGAGCCCGAAGAUGAGCAAAGAGAGAUCCCAGAUGAAUCCCUCUUCAGAUGGUUGGCCGUGUCCUACGCCUCCACACAUCUGACCAUGACACAUAACUACCACGGGUCCUGCCAUGGAGACAUCACUUCAGGAGCACAUGGCAUCAUCAACCGGGCCAAAUGGAAGCCAGUCACCGGAAGCAUGAAUGACUUCAGCUACCUGCACACCAACUGCUUGGAGCUGUCCGUUUUCCUGGGCUGUGAUAAGUUCCCUCAUGAGAGUGAGCUUCAGCGUGAGUGGGAGAAGAACAGAGAGGCCAUGCUUAUCUUUAUGGAGCAGGUUCACCGUGGCAUUCGAGGCAUUGUAAAGGAUCAGCAGGGCAACCCUAUUGCAAACGCCACUGUGUCUGUAGAGGGGAUAAACCAUGACGUCACCACGGCUCCAACUGGUGACUACUGGCGGCUGCUGAACCCUGGCGAGUACCGUGUGACGGCAAAAGCGGAUGGCUUCUCCUCACUGACCAAAAUGUGUGUAGUGGGUUACCAGGCAGGGGCGACCACCUGCAGCUUCAACUUGGCCAAGUCCAACUGGGACCGCAUUAAACAGAUUCUGGCUCUCCAUGGCAACAAGCCAAUCCGCCUGGUCAGCCAUGGCAACACCAGAGUCCCGCCCCCCAUAGUUGUCAACGGCAAUGGACGAGUGGUUAACGGAAACAAUGGGAACCCACCAAAUUCACCACUAAGCAAGGAACAGCAGAGGAGACUCAAAAUUGCUCGUAUUCGGCGUCUUCGGCAGCAGAAAUUAAUGAGGUUAAGAUCAACGACAACGACAACGACAACGACGACAACCACCUUACCACCAACAACUACCACAAUUCCCACAACGCCAGAGAUUACCACAUCCUGGUAUGACUCAUGGCUAUUUGGGGAGGGACAAUCGUCAGUGCCUGGAGCCUUCACAGACUCCACCCUGGAUUACAACUAUGAGUACAAGAUUGAUGACUAUUAAACCACUCACUGCAUUCAUCAGCGUCAUAUUCUCAUAACUACAACAAUCCAGAAAGCUGGCUCAACCAAACAGUACAGUAUUGUACAAUUUAGAAUAGUAAGCCAUAAUUUGGUUGGUUGUUUACUUUCCACCACGUGUUUGUAGGCACGAUGGCAAUGACAGCUAAGAGAACAGUGUGACAUCAUAGCCACACAGUGUAACCCGUCAAUGAAUUCAACAAACAUAUCACAGUACGGUGCUGUGUGCUAAGAGCAUUCAUACUUAUUCCAGAGUAUUUUUUAUAUAUUUAGCUACGAUUAAGUGUCUAACCGACCAUUAUUGUAGCGCACCAUAUCACAUCUGUUGGUAUCCAACCUUGCCCUUCACCAAUUCUUUGCAAAGAACAUGCAAAAAGAAGAUUGUACUGCCCCAAAGUGACAAACUGUACUGCUUGGUUUGAACAUGGCUUUUGUGUCUAAUGUAAAACAAUUUUCAGUCACGUCUGUAACUUUCUUUAACUUUAAUAAUUGUAUACUGUAACACUUGAAAAUUCUUCACUGAAAAUUAAGCAUCUUUUUCAGUUGGAUUGUUCAUGCUGGAUCUCUCUGACACAAUAUUAAGUCUUUUUAUACAUGAAUUUUAUUGCAGAUGCACAUUAAAAAAAAGAU